AUGCCAGCGAACAGCACCGACGCCAAAAAUGCCGACGAGAUCCAAGUCGCGUUUUCUCACGAUGAGCUACAAUCCGAUGACGGCAUAUCCCCGAGGCUACUUUCUAGAGUGAAAUGGAAACUGGACCUUUUUAUUCUACCUAUUAUAUCGAUUGUUUACUUCUUCGCGCAAAUGGGAAGAUCAGAUCUCGCCAACGCCAAAGUUGCAGGUCUCUCAGAUGAAUUGAAACUCUCUCCUCGAGACUAUUCGAAUGCGGCAACUGUACUACUCGUGGCCUAUAUCGUUUUUCAGCUGCCGGGCACGCUAUUGAUCAAGCAGAUUGGGUCGGCGAGACAAUUUUCAGGAGCCAUGAUCAUCUGGGGUGCAAUCACUGCGUCUACAGUCGCCAUCCAAAACAAAGGCGAGCUCUUUGCCUUGCGCUUUCUUAUCGGAGCAGCUGAAGCAUUCGUCCAGGGAGGAGUAUUCUAUCUGUCAUUCUGGUAUCAAUAUGACGAGCUUGCCACGCGUGGAGCUAUCUUCUAUUCCAUGAGCACGCUGGCGGGUGCUUUCAACGGCUUGAUAGCCUACGGCAUCGACAAGGAUAUGGAUGGAACUCGUGGCUGGAGAGCUUGGCGCUGGAUAUUUCUAAUCGAAGGACUUAUGCCUUGCGUGGCGGCAUUCUUCGUGUUAUUUCUACUUCCCAACAGCCCCGAAACCCUACGAUUCGGCUUUACGGCAGAGGAAAAAGCCUUGGUAGGCUUUGGAUACACCUCGAUGAAUACUCAACUGUUUUCGGUCAUAGUAUACGCCUGCGCUUGUGUCGGCGUAUUGUUCUGGGCCAAGGUAGCUGACCGAACGAACGCUCGAGGUCUAACAAUGGCAGCAUCAACCUGCGGAGCGAUUGUGGGCUACUCAUUACUCCUCGGGUUAGAGAAUGAUAAAGCCAGAUUUGGGGCAACCUGCCUUGUUGCCUUCUCAGUAUACCCGAGUGUGGUUCUCCAACUUUCCUGGGCGGCCAUGAGCUUUAUCGGCUAUACACGAAGGGGAUCUUCACUAGCCUUCACCAACAUAUUCUCCCAAAUCUUCGCGAUCUGCGGAACACAGGCCUACAGCGACCCGCCAUACUACCGGAAAGGAAAUGCGUCCGCCCUUGGACUGUCUUGCAUUUCCCUUGUGCUUUCGUUGGGUCUACGAUGGUAUUUCGGCGCCGCGAAUAAAACGAAGGCUUCCGAGCAGUUUGAGGAGUACGCUUGCUCUCAGCGACAAAAGGGCCUAGAAGAGCUGGGUGACAAGCAUCCGGAUUUCUUUUAUACAACAUAG